CUUUAGCUCUCGCUGCUGCUGCUGCUGCUGCUGCUGAGGAUAAUAAUGACGAUGAGGAUGAUGAUGAUGAUGGAGAGGAUGCUCUGUAUCUCUGAAUGAAUGAAUGAAUGAAUGGCCCACAGCUGGAAAGCUGCGCCAUGAACGCAUUGGCUUUAAACAGUGGAAUAAUGAUGGAUAUGUUUUAUUAUUUUCUCUGGUUCCUGCCGUCAGUGUGGGCUGUCGAAGAAACACUAAUGGAUUCAACAACAGCAACAGCAGAACUGGGCUGGACAAUCUACCCGUCACAGGGGUGGGAGGAGGUUAGUGGCUAUGAUGAAAACAUGAACACAAUCCGAACAUACCAGGUGUGCAAUGUCUUUGAUAGCAGCCAGAACAACUGGGUACGCACCAAGUACACCCAGCGCCGUGGUGCUCAGCGCAUCCAUGUCCAGAUGAAGUUCUCAGUGCGCGACUGCGGUUCGAUACCCAACGUCCCUGGCUCCUGCAAAGAAACCUUCAACCUGUACUACUACGAGUCUGACUCGGACACAGCUACCAAAUCAUCCCCACUUUGGAUGGAGAACCCCUGGGUGAAGGUGGACACUAUAGCAGCUGAUGAAAGCUUCUCUCAGGUUGAUCUUGGAGGUCGCAUCAUGAAGAUCAACACUGAGAUCCGGAGUUUUGGACCAGUUUCGCGCAAUGGCUUCUACCUUGCUUUCCAGGACUAUGGUGCCUGCAUGUCACUCAUCGCUGUUCGGGUCUUUUAUAGGAAAUGUUCCCAAGUAAUCCAGAAUGGUGCCAUCUUUCCUGAGACUCUGUCUGGAGCAGAGAGCACCUCACUGGUAGCAGCCAGAGGAGUUUGUGUUCCAAAUGGUGAGGAGGUGGAUGUACCCAUUAAGCUGUACUGUAAUGGAGACGGGGAGUGGAUGGUGCCCAUUGGACGGUGCGUGUGCAAAGCCGGAUUUGAGGCAGUGGAUAAUGGUACAGUCUGCAAAGCGUGCGUGUCAGGCUUCUUUAAGGUGGCGCAGGGAGAACACAAAUGUCUACAGUGUCCCUUCAACAGUCGCACCACAAACGAGGGAGCGACUACCUGCGUCUGCCGCAGCAGCUACUACCGCACUGACUCUGACCCUCCACAGAUGCCCUGUACCACUGUUCCCUCAGCUCCACAAAACGUCAUCUCCAUCGUGAACGAGACCUCUCUGAGGCUGGAGUGGAGUUCACCACAGGAGACCGGCGGCCGAGAAGACGUCGUAUAUAACGUCAUUUGUAAAAGCUGUGGCAGUGGACGAGGAGGCUGCACCCGCUGUGGAGACAACGUGCAGUUUGUCCCGCGCCAGCUGGGACUCACCGACACGCGUGUGCGCAUCAGUGACCUCCUGGCUCAUACCCUGUACACCUUUGAAAUACAGGCUGUCAACGGAGUGUCCGACCAAAGUCCUUAUUCAGCACAGUACACAUCUGUGAACAUCACCACCAACCAGGCUGUGCCGUCGGCAGUGUCCAUCAUCCACCAGGUUAGCAGAGCUCCUGACAGCAUCACACUGUCCUGGUCCCAGCCUGAUCAGCCCAAUGGAGUAAUCCUGGACUAUGAGCUGCAGUACUAUGAGAAGAACCAGGCAGAGUGGAACUCAUCUCUCACCAGGAGUCAGACCAACACUGCAGUCAUACGAAACCUGAAGCCUGGAACCAUCUACGUAUUUCAGGUCCGAGCUCGGACUGUUGCAGGAUUUGGACGCUUUAGUGGCAAAAUGCACUUCCAGACAAUGACUGAAGAAGAAUACAAGUCCAGUAUCCAGGAGAAGCUGCCACUCAUCAUUGGUUCAGCUGCUGCAGGAGUCGUUUUCAUCAUUGCCAUCACUGUCUUCAUAAUUGUGUGCCAAAGCAGGAGAAGCUCAGACAGACCAGAGUCAGAGUACACAGAUAAACUUCAGCAUUACACCAGCGGCCACAUGACACCGGGAAUGAAGAUCUACAUUGACCCCUUCACAUACGAAGACCCCAAUGAAGCAGUCAGAGAGUUUGCCAAGGAGAUCGACAUUGCCUGUGUCAAGAUCGAACAAGUGAUUGGUGCAGGAGAGUUUGGGGAGGUGUGCAGUGGGAACCUGCGUCAGCCUGGGAAGAGAGAGAUCCUCGUGGCGAUUAAGACACUGAAAGCCGGCUACACCGAACGCCAGAGGCGGGACUUCCUAAGUGAGGCGUCAAUCAUGGGCCAGUUCGACCAUCCCAACAUCAUCCAUUUGGAGGGGGUGGUGACCAAGAGCAGCCCAGUGAUUAUCAUAACUGAGUUCAUGGAGAACGGAUCACUGGACUCCUUCCUCAGGCAAAAUGACGGGCAGUUCACGGUGAUCCAGCUGGUGGGAAUGCUGCGAGGCAUAGCAGCAGGAAUGAAAUACUUGAACGACAUGAACUAUGUCCACCGAGAUCUGGCCGCCAGGAACAUCCUGGUCAACAGCAACCUGGUGUGCAAAGUGUCCGACUUCGGCCUGUCGCGCUUCCUCGAGGAUGACACUUCAGAUCCAACCUACACCAGCGCUCUGGGAGGAAAGAUUCCUAUCAGGUGGACAGCUCCCGAGGCCAUUCAGUACAGGAAGUUUACCUCCUCCAGUGAUUGCUGGAGCUAUGGCAUCGUCAUGUGGGAGGUGAUGUCGUACGGAGAGAGGCCGUACUGGGACAUGAGCAAUCAAGAUGUCAUCAAUGCCAUAGAACAGGACUACAGGUUACCUCCACCUAUGGAUUGUCCAAACGCUCUACAUCAGCUGAUGCUGGACUGCUGGCAGAAGGAGCGUAACAAUCGUCCUAAAUUCGCCCAGAUAGUUAGCACCUUGGACAAGAUGAUCCGUAACCCCAACAGCCUCAAGGCUAUGACACCGUUGUCGUCAAGCGUCCACUUACCUCUGCUCGAUCGCAACACUCCAGACUUCUCCUCUUUCAGCACAGUGGACGAGUGGCUGGAGGCCAUUAAGAUGGGGCAGUACAAGGAGAACUUCGUCAACGAAGGCUUCACCAGCUUUGAUUUGGUGUCUCAAAUGACCAUUGAGGACAUCCACAGAGUGGGCGUGACAUUAGCCGGGCACCAGAAAAAAAUCCUUAACAGCAUUCAGGUCAUGAGGGCCCAAAUGAACCAGAUCACUUCAGUGGAAGUGUGACCUUACACCGGCUCUGUUUACUGUCCAAAACCCAGCACCGGGGCCACUCUGCAAUCUCCAGGAACCUCUGGGGGGGGGGGGGGGGAUGACCUGCACACACACAUUGACUUGACCUCAGACUCAACCUCACUUCUUCCACACCUUCUCCAGGCGGUUCCAUGAGUCUGCAGCACAGCACAGAUCUUUACUGGUUAUUUCAGCGUCAGGUAACCAGAUACUUAGUUUACUUUCGGCUCUUAAAACAGCUCAGCGUCGUGGGCCACCGUGUUAUUUUAAACUGUUCUUUUCAACGGUAACACACCACACUCAGCUUCACUGCCACCAGCAUGAAACAUCCAGGACAAAAUCAGUUUUUACACUUUGCUUUGGUAAAAAGACCUCACUAUUAGGAAAGAAAGCUCAGCAGAAUUUCACCAAAACGAUGCCGUAAAAGACAAAACUACAUGAUCAGCUGCUAUUACUAAUUUACAAAUGCUUUACUGAAAGCAAACUCUUUUUCUCUUUACCUCAACGUCCCAUAUUUUUCACUUUUAGCUGUGUUGCAGUUUGUGGUUUUUAGUACCAAAAAACUUCUAAUUCCUCUCUCUCACUGUACCAUCAGCUCCUCUGAUUGGUUGCAAAGCCAAGUCAAGCACAGGCUUGGUGUAACGUUGUAAAAACUCAUACAAUUGACAAUGGUUCUGGACUGGUAAAUAUUCACAGCACUGUCACAUCCAUGUCAAGUACAGGAGUGGUGAAGUCCACCGCUUGGAUGCUUUCGUUGAUGGCUCGACCCUCAGGGCGGGACAGCGCAGUGCCAGUGUGGUUUGUCCCGGCCUGAAGAGCAGGUGAGGAAGACGAGGAAGAAGACGAUCGAGCAGCUGGAACUGCAUACCAAAUACACUUCAAGAAGUUUAUCCUCUUUUUCCAGAACUCUGACUCUGAGAAGCGGUUAUCAACGUCUAACUGUGAGCCAACAAAUUUGCAUUCCACUAACACUGCCAUAAAAGCUGCCAUGUAUCGGACCAGCAGAAGAAUAACAGCUUAAACAAGAGGCCAAAUACUAAAUGAAUUGGAAGUAAAACAACUAAAAUGUUGAGUGGGGAGACUGAAAGUUUGCGUGUUUUGAUAUUUUUCCACUUUUUAUACACAUACAUAUACUUAUACAGCACCAGCUUUAUGAUCACAAAAGACAUGGAAGUCUCUUCAUUAUGACAAAGCUGUCGGGCCAUACUGUAGAAUGCACAUUUUUAAGCUUUUGAGAAAAAAAAAGUCGUAAUAUUUUUUCAAGGAAAAACCUCAGAUCAGCUGUAUCCUGCGAUAAGAUGACAAACAUGGAGCAUCUUGAAGUUAUACUUUGGUCUGGGCUUAAUAAAGAAGGAAAUACACGUUGGCAUCAGUAUCAGGGCUUUUGGAAAGACAGUGUAAGAAACUAAGACUCUGGAUUUUGGAUCCAGAGGGAGUGGAACUCCUGCGAGCGUGGCCUCUCCCAUGUUGUCAGAGAGCCGCUUCAUGGCAUAUUGAUAUCUUAUGAUAAACUGAAGGCAUAUGGCAUCACAAUUAAUUGUGGCAUAGAAGGAAUUAGCCAUGGAUGGA